CGACGCACUCAACGUCUUCCAGGAGUUUCAUAAUUGGGAAUCUGCUUGGGCAUUGGAAGCUCUCUGUGUAGUUUGUUAUGAAAUUCGAGUUCUUGCGGAAAAGGCUGAUAAAGUGUUAACUUCUAAUGGAAAAUCUCCCGAGAAUUAAAAGCAGCUGGAUCACUUCUCAUGAAAGUUUUUGAAGUUCUUGCUGGGAAAGGUCCAAAACGAGUCGGAGCAUUAUAUGUGACUUGCCAAUUGUUCAAGACCUACUUUGAGCUUGGAACCGUCAAUCUUUGUCGAAGUGUAAUAAGAAGUAUCGAAACUGCUCGGAUAUUUGACUUUAAGGAGUUUCCAAGAAGGGACAAGGUUACAUACAUGUAUUAUACCGGACGAUUAGAAGUAUUCAAUGAAAAUUUUCCUGCUGCUGAAACAAAGCUAUCAUAUGCCUUGCAAUAUUGCAACCCCAAAACAGAACGGAAUAUAAGGAUGAUAUUGAAGUAUUUGAUACCCUACACAAAGAUUGUGCAAGCUCUGAGAAAGGUUGAUCUCAGGCUUCUCCGGCAUGCUCUUCAAGAACAUGAAGAUCGGUAUGUAUUUCUUUUGACAUCUUGCUUUGCUCAUCUGUAUCCAAAUGAUAAGGUUCUUGAGGUCGGGUGUGUAUCUUGUCUUGGAAAAGCUAAAGCUCCAAGUCUACUAGAGACUAAUGAAGAAAAUAAGCUGAGUGAUCCAGCGAGAGCUCACCAGCUGAAGCUUGAAGUGAUUGCCAAAGCACUAAGAUGGCUAGAAAUGGACAUGGAUCUCGACGAGGUUUCUCCUACGUUUUUGCACGUGGAAUGUAUAAUGACGAUCUUGAUAUACAAAAACCUUGUGAAAGGUUAUUUAGCACACAAGAGCAAAGUGGUAGUUCUAAGCAAGCAAGAUCAUUUCCCUAAACUAAAUGGGAAGCCGGUUAGCUCAAAAGUAUAACUUCACGUGUAAUCCCUGCAAAUUGCGGGUUGUUUUUGUUGUUGUGUCAAGAAACCCUGUUUAAACCA